GAAGAAGAAGAAGAAGAAGGAAGAAGAGUAAUCCGUGGUGCCUUUGGAUGCAUGGAAGGCCCACCCGCCUAGGCGCGUGCCUCUCACGUGGUUUAGCACUACUAUUUUCUCACUGAAAAUGGAGUGUGAAUUUGGUAAUCAAAAUGCUGAGGGACCAGCCUCUCGCACAAGGUCCAGAAAAAAGAGAAAAAUCAGGCCUCUUCAAGAAGUAGCCUCUGCUUCACCUCCACUUAAGAAGGGUAGUGGAAGAUCCAGACAUGAAGAUCAUCAAGCUAAUAGUGAUCAACGGAUUGUGCAGGAAAAAGACAGCACAAAGCAUGAAAAACAAGACUUAUGGUCCGCCCCGCAAUCCAAGCCAUGGCUUCCGGAAAAACGCAUACUUGAGCUCAUCCUUGAUAUAUUACAGAGGAGAGAUAGCCAUGAAAUAUUUGCGGAACCGGUAGAUCCAGAGGAGGUUGAAGACUACUAUGAAAUCAUUAGAGAGCCAAUGGAUUUUGGGACCAUGAGGGCUAAACUUCAUGAAGGAAUGUAUCAAAGUUUUGAACAAUUUGAGCAUGAUGUGUUUUUGAUAACAAAAAACGCAAUGCAUUUUAAUUCUUCAGCUACCAUUUAUUUUAGACAGGCCCGUGCUAUAAAUGAGCUAGCUACUAAGGUCUUUCAUCUUCUGAAAACACAUCCUGAGAGAUUUGAAUUGGAAUUCUUGGAAUCAAGACGGAGAAAUGGUCGGGGGCCCCAAGGCGAAGCUGAGAAUUCGGUUUGUAGAACACGUCCUAGAAUUGCUAGAAAUGUGAAAUCUAGCAGUGUGGCGAUUGAUGAAUCAUCAAAAUCCACAAUGUCAUUAAGUGCUUCUUCAAUCAUAAGGAAACGCGCCCCGUUGAGAAAUUGGUGCUCUGGUUUCAGUACUUAUUUAGAUGCAAGAGAUCAAGAAGUUUCUUGUGGUGCCGGUGAUGACGGAAGAUCAAGAUCUAUUGAAGCAGCAAGGCGCUGUACAUAUGAACCUUGGAUAUCAUUCCUUGAUGAAAAAUCUAGCAAAAAAAACCAACUAGAGCUUGUGAUUCAACAGGAUAUCAGCUACAGGGAAAGCUUAAUGUUGUUUGCUAAAGAUUUAGGACCAGUAGUCCAGAUGGUUGCCGGACGGAAAUUACUUGGAUGGUUCCCAGCGCAAAAAAGUUCAUUUUCCAUGAUAUCCAGCAGUAAUGACGGGGAACCUAGUAGUUUCGAUUCUGUUUUCUCUGCUCCAAUAUGUCAGAAUUUCCUUGACCAGAUUCGCAGGCAUCCUAGUAUUGUAGAAAAUUCCAGGGACAGAAUGGAUUUAGAUGAUGAUAAGAAAGAAGAGGAGAUGAAUAUAGGAGACAAAAUGGGUACAACAUAGCUGAAAGUUCAAGACGGAAGUGAUACAAGCGGUCCAAGUUUUUGUUUCUAUCACAAACUUCAUCAAAACCAAAGCAGUGAGAGUCACUUGUGCUGAUCUGGAGAUUUCAAUUUCUUGCGUCCAGGGUUCAAAAACGUGGGCAACAAGUCAACAACAAUGGUAGACAACACGAAGUUGGACAUCGAAGCAGGAACAUUGGAGCUGGCUUUCGAGCAUUCCCAUUUAAAUUCAGCAAAACUUGAGCUGAAAAUCAUGGACGCAUCGAAUUUUAGUCACUCGGAGAUCUCCACGAGUAAGUUGAGUUCUUGUUAUCUUCGAGAAGAUAAUCACGCGAGAGCUGAACAAGGCCCAUUUUUUGUAGUUACCAAGUCAUGUGAAGCUGGCCGGGCCACGACAUUUGAUUGAUGCAAGACUUCCGCAUCGCAAUUCAUAUUCGAUUUACCGUAUUUAAGGGCCCGGCUUGGUCAGACAAAUUCUUUGGGACAGGAUACAUUUUUGCAGCAAAGUUAUGGUGCUGAAAUGACCCUUUUGAGAAAUGAGUAAAUCCCAUACCCUUUUCUUUUCAUGUCAAGAUUGGAGUUGAGAAUUCAGUGCUAUGUUGGUCAUGGGCUGUCUACAAUCUUGAAUAAAUACUCACCAUAGCCCACAGGGAUUUCCUUUUCGAAAAUGUAAAUUUGUAAGAAACUUAUGGACUGAAAUUUUCAAAGUACUGAAAAUUCAUUGCUUAAAGCGUCAUCUACUAUUCCUUGAGUUUUUUUUUAUUUUUAUUUUUUUAAAAGGUCAUCUACUAUGGCUUCUAGUUCUCUCGUUCGCUCUUUUAACUUGGGAGUCUGAGAUUAGAACUUUACACCAUGAAGAUGUAGAAUUACCGUCAUGUUAUGC